UAUCUACUCCCUCCCCACGUCACUCGCCAGCGCGCCAUGCAAAUCACCGCCGCCGCCGGCUCCCAUUGGCCGCGACGCGCUCAUUUAAUGGCAGCCCGGGCCCGGCGUAUGGCUGCUGGGCCCCCCGCGCCACCGGCCCCGCGUGUGCCUCCGCUCCGAGCGCACGGCCCCAGGCAGGCAGCAGACAGCUUGUCCUGCGUGCAGCGGCCCAGCUUUCUGGCUCUCUGCACGCUUUGGCACUCGCACCGCUGUCCCUAACCCCCUCCCUGGCUGCACGGUGAUCGCCCCCUCCGAACCCCCCUUCGAGUCCCCCUCAGCGCCUGGCUCCCCCCAGGCACCUGGGACCAGCACAUGCCCAGCGCACGCGGCGCGCCGCCGUGCUAGAAGUUGCGGCCCCGGAGUUGGAAGCCGCCAAGGAAGCCAGCACAGUAAAGAGACUUCGAGCAACCAAGAAGAGGCAACGAACUCGGUGUCGGGCCCGGUGGCACCUCUUCAAACCCAGAAAGUGGAACCUCAACUUGGUCACGACUGCACCUGUUUGCACAGCUCAGCUGAGAGCGCCCGGACUGCAGGAGCGGCAGCGGCGGCAGCGAUGAUCCCGGCCAACGGCCUCUUUGGCAAGUGAUUUGUGCACCCAGAGAAACUUUCCACCUGCGAGCUGGACCCGCGCUAAGUGCGUGUGCUUUUGCCUCUUUUUUGUUGUUGCCUCCACCCAACCCCCUUCUCUCUGUUAGGCAACCCCCCCCAGUCUCUCUGGGCUCUCUCUCCACCCACCCACCCCCACCCGGCCGUCUAUGCUCCAGGCCCUCUGUUUGCGGUGCCGGUGAACCCGCAAACCGCCCAGAUGUACAGCAUGAUGAUGGAGACCGACCUGCACUCGCCCGGCGGCGCCCAGGCGCCCACGAACCUCUCGGGCCCGGCCGGGGCGGGCGGGGGCGGUGGUGGGGGCGGGGGCGGCGGGGGCGGCGGGGGCACCAAGGCCAACCAGGAUCGGGUUAAGCGGCCCAUGAACGCCUUCAUGGUGUGGUCCCGCGGACAGAGGCGCAAGAUGGCCCAGGAGAACCCCAAGAUGCACAACUCGGAGAUCAGCAAGCGCCUGGGGGCCGAAUGGAAGGUCAUGUCCGAAGCUGAGAAGCGGCCGUUCAUCGACGAGGCCAAGCGACUACGAGCGCUGCACAUGAAGGAGCACCCGGAUUACAAGUACCGGCCGCGCCGUAAGACCAAGACGUUGCUCAAGAAGGACAAGUACUCGCUGGCCGGUGGGCUGCUGGCGGCCGGCGCAGGUGGCGGUGGCGCAGCCGUGGCCAUGGGCGUGGGCGUGGGCGUCGGGGCGGCAGCGGUGGGCCAGCGCCUGGAGAGCCCGGGCGGCGCGGCUGGAGGCGGCUACGCGCACGUCAACGGCUGGGCCAACGGUGCCUACCCGGGCUCGGUAGCCGCGGCUGCUGCAGCCGCGGCCAUGAUGCAGGAGGCACAGCUAGCCUACGGGCAGCACCCAGGCGCGGGCGGCGCGCACCCUCACGCGCACCCGGCACACCCGCACCCGCACCAUCCGCACGCGCAUCCUCACAACCCGCAGCCCAUGCACCGCUACGACAUGGGCGCACUGCAGUACAGCCCCAUCUCCAACUCUCAGGGCUACAUGAGCGCGUCGCCUUCGGGCUACGGUGGCAUCCCCUACGGCGCCGCAGCAGCCGCCGCCGCCGCUGCUGGCGGCGCGCACCAGAACUCGGCUGUGGCGGCCGCGGCAGCUGCAGCGGCGGCAUCGUCGGGUGCCCUCGGUGCCCUCGGCUCGCUGGUCAAGUCAGAGCCCAGCGGCAGCCCGCCGGCCCCUGCUCACUCACGGGCGCCGUGCCCCGGGGACCUGCGCGAGAUGAUCAGCAUGUACCUGCCCGCAGGCGAGGGUGGAGACCCGGCGGCUGCAGCGGCUGCCGCGGCCCAAAGCCGACUGCACUCGCUGCCACAGCACUACCAGGGCGCGGGCGCGGGUGUCAACGGCACGGUGCCCCUGACGCACAUCUAGCGCCGCGGGGACUCCGGGGACACUGCGGCCCGAGGCCGCCGACCCGGCGACGAAGAGCGUGAGGCCUGCGCCGGAGCCUCCAGAGCUCGACUUUGUACAGAAGACUCCACGUUCCUGUAAAAAGACAGCUCUGGAGGUCGGAGCACCAGGUGACAUCUGCCCUCUCUCUCACCUUUGCCGGGACUCCGAGGCGCUGACACCAGACUGGCGUCUUAGACUGAACUUUGGUGUUUUCACGAGACCUUUUGUACAGUAUUUAUCGUCCGCAGAGGAGGCACACAGCGUUUUCUCGGCUCGGGAGGACAAAAGACAAAACCCAGCGAGGCGAUGCCAACUUUUGUAUGACUGCCGGCACUGUAACUUUCUCCAGGGUUUCCUUCCUGCCGGCUCUUCUGCCUGAGGCCGAGUGACGGACCUCGAGCUGUUCUCACUUGUUAUAAAUGUAGUAAGGCAGAUCCAAACAUUUACAAGUUUUUUGUAGUUGUUACCGCUCUUUUGGGUUGGUUGGUUCAUUUAUACCGCGAUCCUCUCUCAGACGGUGGAGAUAUAUUCUGGGUUUUGUAAAACUCUGUAUCCGAGCAUUUCCAUUUUUGUUUUGUUUUGUAUUAUUUCUUGUAAAUGCGUUGUGACAUUUUUAUUUUAGGCGCUGCGGUAAGGGGGGGAGAGGAGUCAGAUUAUGUACAUAGCCUGCAAGUCUUUCAUCUAAAAAAGAAAAACAAAAAAAUAUCCCCCCUUUCCAAAAUGCAUCAAAAUUUGAAUCAAUACGUCUAAGAGAGAAACGGCCGUUUCCCUAUGAAAUUGAAACGUGUUAAUUUUAUAUGCAUGAUUUAUGAGCUCAAAAUACAAUUAGCAAUCUGUUGAUGGAGAAAUUAUCAAUAGGGCCCAAGAGUAAGGGAGCCCCACCGAGCGGAGGGCAGCGUUUCAAUGGCUUUAUUCAGUGGGAAAAGAGGAAGCUAAACUCCAGAGAUUAUUCUGUAGAGUUGAAGUUAACACAGAAGGGAAGUAACUACAAAGUACUUCCUAAUAGUUUCGCAGUUUAACUGCCUGGCCCUGGCAUUUUUUUUUUCUUUUUGCAUUUCUUUGCUGUGGCUCUGCCCUUCCCCCUACUGUAGCAGUUUUUGAGGCAGCUUGGUCCUGGUUGGAAGGAGAAAGGACGGUGCUCAAUGAUGGGGCUGGUGGGACGAGGCCAAGGAUGGGGGACAACAACCACCACCAAGACAGCGUGCCUUUGAUAUCUCCAUAAUUGGGAUUGUAAGUGAAAUUACCUUCCAGUGGUUCAAGGAAGCAAUCCUGACCCAGAACGCACCACCACUGUGUCCCUCACCCAGGUCCUACCCCAACACCUCUCUGGGAAAAUGCAACAUAAAUUUGCGGAUUUUCUUACACACACACACACACACACACACACACACACACUGCCCCUCUCCUGUGUGAAACGGGAUGCAGGUUGCUAGGGAAUGUAAACACAGAAUGCAGUGUUUUAUUAUUCCUGACCAGGUCUUGAGGUUGUUUGAUGCUUUAAAUAUUUUUAAUUAUAUUUUUUCUAGGUGUUUAUUGGUACAUUGCAGGGUUUUUUUUUUCCUGGAAUUUAAAGUUUUCUGUAAAACUUUGUCUUCAAGUAAUCUGACAGCAUUAAAUAUUGCAUUUAAAACCUUUACGCAGCAAAUAUGUUUUGAAAUUAAUCAUGACAUUAGGAUGAAAUUCUAUUUUUUGAAGGAAAUUUUCCUUAAGUCCAGGUGGAAAAUGAUACUAAUUUCAGCAUUCUUUCCCCUCAUUUUCCUGCUUAGUUUCUUUUCUUUUUCUUUUCUUUUCUUUUUUCUUUUUUUGAAUGAGUAUGGACUAGCUAUUCUAAAGUGGACUUACUCUACCGAUUCAGUAAGACCUUAGCUCAGCCUACAUUGGAGAAUAUCCUUCCGUAUAAAUGCUAAUCUUACAAGUGACAUGUAUGAUUUUUUUUUAAAAAAAGUAAUUUUGAUGAUUUUGCUUAAACCCCUCAUUCCUUAACCUGAUUGCAAGAGAUUCAGGAAUGAUGCCCACUGCUUUCUGAUAAGGUAAUAAAAUGACACCCCCACCCUUUUCCCUUUCUUCAUUUUUCUUUUAGGGUUUUUGCUCUGUUAUUUCCAGAACUGGUUUACUUGCUUAGGAGUCCAAGAGGGGAGCGCACUCAGGCAGUCAGGGAAAGAGCCCCGUUCACCUCAGGGAACUUCUAGGGGACUUUCAGGUCCAGCCCACCUUCCCCUUAAUACACAAGGGACUUUGCUGACUGGCUCCCAACCACAGCAGCUUCAGUGGGAGGCAGGGGUAGCCACACUCACCUCUCUCAUGCCUGGGCUUUUGAGGUUCCUGUGCCUUGGCUAUGGGCUCGCCGUCACAGGAGUUAUGGCUCACUUUAAGUGAAGCACACCACACAAAGUUAGUCAUCUUGCAAAUACUAGACAGCUCAGCUCCCUCAUUCCUUGUGUUUUGUGUUCGCUAUUUGAGCUCCACCCAGUUAGCUGGAAUUCUUUGUGCCAGGCCUCCAAGCCACCUUCCUUUGGGUUCUACUGAUAUGAGAGACUAGGAGAAAGUGUCUAAUGACUUAAUUUGAAAACAAAGACAGAGGAUUAGGGAGGCCUCCUCUCAAGAUUGAGGCCAGAUCCGGGCAGGCUCUCUCCAGUUAAAAUAAGUGGAGAUAAUUUUCUCCUAGACCUUACUUACUUGGAGCCCAAUUCAGGGCUAAAUGCAGUUCCUAACCAAGCAACGCACAUUUGUGUUCACGUGAGAUUCUUUGUGGUCAUUUUCCCUUGAUAAUUCACUUCCAAUGCCAGGGCUGUGUUCCAUUCUACUAGUGCGAUUUUGUUU